CCUGCCUUAUUUUUAGCCAAGGGUCCUUCCAGGGAUGCUGCCAUUGUAUGAGAUCCAGGGAGGGUGCUCUUCCCUGAGGCUAGGUUGAGCUAGUGCAGGUUGUCAGGGUGGUUUGCUUCAGAGUUGAGAUUAGACCUGGGUUCACAACCCUGGAGACUGGAUUCAGCUAUUUUGCCCCUGCACAAACCAGGAUCAGCUCUAGAGCUGGGAGGGGCUUUCAGUCUCUGAUCCCAUUUAGUCUAUCACCUCUCGGACUAUCCUGCCCAAGGAGGGGAGCAGGGCGCACACAUCUGUGGAGUGGAUCCCUGUUUUCUAGGAACUGCAGAGAGACCCAGCAACUCAGGAAACAGUUUCUGGAUAAUACAGUGAUGGGGGCAUGAUAGACAGAUAUGAUUAUUUGGACAUUAUCACUCUAACAGAGGAGGAUCAAAUGCAUCACAAGUUGGGAAAAAUUCUACAAAGACCAGCAAACCAUCACACUGAGGAAGAAAAUGUCCAACCGAACCACCGUGACCGAGUUCCUUCUCCUGGGAUUCUCUGAUGUUCAGGAGCUGCAGAUUUUACAUUUCAUGGUGUUUCUAGUGAUUUACCUGGCAGCCCUGAUAGGGAAUCUUCUCAUCAUCACCGUUGUUGUCCUCGACCACCAUCUUCACACCCCCAUGUACUUCUUCCUGAUGAAUUUGUCCAUUCUAGACAUUGGCUCCAUCUCUGUCACUGUCCCCAAAUCCAUGGCGAAUUCCCUCAUGAACAUCAGGUCAAUUUCUUAUUCUGGAUGUGUUGCCCAAGUUUUUCUCUUUGUCUUUUUUGUUUCAGCAGAUCUUGCUUUUUUGACUGUCAUGGCGUACGAUCGAUACGUCGCCAUCUGCCAACCUCUGCACUAUGAGAGAGUGAUAAACAGGAGAGCUUGUGUCCAAAUGGCAGCUGGUGUCUGGAUCAGUGUUUUUCUCUACUCUGCAUUCCACACUGGGAUCACAUUUGCAGUCUCCUUCUGUGGAGGCAAUAUGGUGGAUCAAUUCUUCUGUGAAAUCCCCCAGCUCCUCAAGCUCGCCUGCUCUGACACAUACCUCAGUGAAACUUGGGCUAUUGCCUUUAGUGUGUGCUUAGCUUCAAGUUGCUUUGUUUUAAUAAUUGUGUCAUAUGUUCACAUCUUUACCAUGGUGCUGAGAAUCCCCGCUGAGCAGGGCCGGCAUAAAGCCCUAUCCACCUGCCUUCCUCACCUCACUGUGGUGUCCUUGUUCUUUUGCACUGCUAACUUUGCCUACAGUCAUCCCACCUCCAGCUCAACCUCAACUCUGGAUCUCGUGGUGGCUGUUCUCUAUUCCGUGCUGCCAGCAGUGAUGAAUCCAGUCAUCUACAGCAUGAGGAACAAGGAGAUCAAAGCUGCAUUGAGGAAACUGAUAGCGUGGAUGUUAUCCACCAAAAAUAAACUGUCCAUUUUUUCCCUUUGGUUGUGAUUUCAUUCUGUGUUUCUUUAUAAAUGUAAUCCUCUGAUGACAUUAUCGACUCCAUGAGAACAUACUUUGUCAUUUGCUUAUGCAGAAAGGUGUAUUUAGACAGGUAAAAAUGUACACAAACACCACUCAAGUCAGUGGAGUUACUGUAGAUUUACACCAGUGUAAAUAAGAUCAGACUCUACCUAUCUAUCUAUCAUGUUUUUUGUACUGACACCCAUCAUCCGAGCACCUUCCACCUCAAAUGAAUAGCCAUAAUCAAGUCCCCAGUGGGCUUCAUGAAGUCUCUCUGUCUUCUUUCUUGGGGCAUAAACUCUGCUUGGGGUGCCAUGGCUUUUGGUUAAUUGUUUGCUUGUGUAACAGAGUGGGGUAUGAUGGUGUCAAACUGUUAACUCUGUUGUAGUGUGUGUGGAAAUAUUGGCAUGGUGACAGCACAAGUCUGGCCUGCCUCAAUGGCAGCCUGUUGUGCUGCUUUCCAGACAGCUGCCUUGCCUGGGAAAGGUGUUUGAUACCAUCAUAGGAGGACCUCAUUGAGAGCCAUCCAGGCGAGAGUCUGAGGCCAUCGAGUUUUGUUGUGUCUCGACUACUUGCCCUCCCACAGGCAAAAAAAUGAUUUUUCUAUACAGGGGGCCCACAGGAAUGAAUGUUGGAGAUGGAACUUCACUGUUUGAACCCAUGGCACAGUGACAGGGGCCUAUUUAAGAGUGCUAUUCUGCUCUAUGCAGAGAGGGGCCGACCAUGCCCACACGUAGGAAAGACUUGCAGGA